CACUUUUUGUUUGGGUCGACCAAAUCGGACGGUGAGGAGAAGAGGAAGAAAAGGGUCCCACUAAUAAGUCCCCUAUAUGAGAUAUGCUCUCAUAUGUGGAGGAUGAUUAACAAGCAUUGGAGGUAAUAAGUAGAAAAGAUUUUGAGGCAUUCGCAUUCUAUAAUCAUUGGAUCCUCCUCUUUCAAGCCGUCAACCAAUGAAACAAAUCUUAGCUGCUAUGAGAGGAGCCGAAAGCUAGGUCCUCUUCAUAUAUAGACCCCUAAGUUUCCAUAUAACCCUAUCUAAACCCCUUCGAUCCCUUCAUUGCUUAAGUUUGUAAACAAAUUAAUCAUUUCCAUCAUAUAUAUAUAUAUAUAUCAUCUCAAUACGCAUCGUCAGAGAUAUAUUCGUCUCUAGCUCUCAAUCUCUUUUUAAUGGAGGCCUCACAACUCUCUCCACCACCACCAUCAAAUUCUCCCAAAACCCUUUACCAACACCACCCUUUCAACCUCAACAACAACAACUUUCAAGCCACCCAAGAUUCAUCAUCACCAAUAUCACUACCCGCCAUGAACAACAACUUGCAAUUGCAUGCAGACCACAAAUCCAAGGCAAGCAAGCCGUUUCUGCCCCUUUUGCUUGUGAACUAUUUCUGUCUGUUUGUGGGUUCUGUCUCUUCAACCUUGCUCUCCAAGUUCUAUUUCAACCACAAAGGCUCAAGCAGAUGGCUCUCAACAUGGGUUCAAUCCGCUGGGUUUCCUCUCCUUAUUAUUCCCAUUUACCUCCCCUUUCUUCUCAAAUGCACAGAGAGACGACCCUUCACUCACUUCACUCACAAAAUCUUCAUCUUAUCCAUCCUAAUAGGCCUCAUGUUAGGCCUAAACAACCUCCUUUUCUCCUGGGGAAAUUCUUAUCUCCCCGUCUCUACCUCAUCUCUCCUACUCUCCUCCCAGCUGAUUUUCAAUCUCAUACUCUCCGUUAUCAUUGUCAAGCAAAAGAUCACAUUCUCAAAUCUCAACUGCGUCAUUCUUCUAACCCUCAGUUCUAUUCUCCUAGCCUUGGCUUCCAACCAUGACAAACCUUCCGGUUUAACACGUGGCAAAUAUUUUAUCGGCUUCUUUUCCACAAUAGGCGCCGGUUUUUUAUUUGCUCUCUAUCUCCCUCUCAUGGAGAUGAUUUACAAGAAGGUUUACUGCUACCAGAUGGUGAUGGAAAUGCAGCUCGUGAUGGAGGUCGCCGCCACGGCUCUGGCAAGUGUCGGGAUGGCAUUGGACCGUCACGGCGGAAUUUCAGAAAUAAAGAAUGAAAGCCGGCGAGUUUUUGAAGGGGGACCGACGGUUUAUUGGGUGACGGUGUUUUUCAACGUGGUGACGUGGCAGUUGUGCUUCAUGGGAACAGCAGGGAUGGUGUUCUUGACUUCUUCUUUAACCGGAGGGGUUUGCAUGACGGCGUUGAUGGGCAUGAACGUGUUGGGAGGGGUGUUGGUUUAUGGGGAUGUGUUUGGCGGUGUGAAGGCGGUGUCUACGGUGCUGUUCGGUUGGGGGUUUUCUUCCUAUGUGUAUGGUUUGUACGUUAAGAUGAAGGAAGAGAAAGCCAAGGAGAAAAGUAAUCAAGGGGUAAUGGAGAUGGUUAAUGAUAGCGUUUGAUAAUAAAAACAUCAUUAAUUAAUUAGAGACUAUGAUGCCAUGGCAGUUCAAGUAUAUGAAUUAAUAUCAAUGUAUGACUGAUGAUGGUAUUGGAGAUUUGAA